AUGCCGGCUUCAAGCUGGACCGCACAUCAGUAUUUCAAGACGGUAUUACUGCACAUCCCUGAGCACUCCCGCUCCCCUCACAUUUCACUCAUUGACCACGCUUCAGCUCGAUUGUUCAACUCAUCCCCCAUAUCUCCGCGAAAAUGUCGAACCCUCCUUACCAAGAUUGCCGUCCUCCUCUUUACGGGGGAGAAGUUCCCAACCAACGAAGCCACGACUCUGUUUUUCGGCAUCUCGAAACUGUUCCAGAACAAGGAUCCGUCCUUGCGUCAAAUGGUCUAUCUGAUCCUGAAAGAGCUGGCACAUACGGCCGAGGAUGUCAUCAUGUCGACGAGCAUUAUCAUGAAGGACAUGACCGUGGGGAGUGACAUUGUCUACAAGGCGAAUGCCAUCCGUGCCCUCUGCCGAAUCAUUGACGCGACCACCGUCCAAGGGAUUGAACGAUUGAUCAAGACCGCGAUCGUGGACAAGUCUCCCGCUGUAUCUUCGGCGGCCCUGGUAUCCUCAUAUCACCUACUUCCCAUUGCCCGAGAUGUUGUGCGAAGAUGGCAAAGCGAGACGCAAGAAGCGGCAUCCUCGUCGAAAUCAGGGGGUGGCUUUCUCAGCUUCUCGACCGGGUCCUCUCACUCGCUUGCGGCGGCAAACACGAAUUACAUGAACCAAUACCAUGCCAUCGGUCUCCUGUAUCAGAUGCGGUCACACGACAGAAUGGCGUUGGUUAAAAUGGUCCAGCAGUACGGCGCAGCCGGGGCGGUCAAGAGCCCUGCAGGAGUGAUGAUGCUGGUGCGUUUGGCCGCCAGACUGGCAGAAGAGGACCCGGGACUCCGGAAACCCAUGAUGCAGAUGCUCGACGGUUGGCUACGCCACAAGAGCGAGAUGGUCAACUUCGAGGCCGCAAAGGCCAUCUGCAAUAUGCCCGAUGUCACCGACGCCGAGGCUGCUCAGGCAAUCCACGUCUUGCAGUCUUUCCUGACUUCUCCAAGGGCCGUCACCAAGUUCGCAGCCAUCCGGAUUCUCCAUGCUUUUGCUUCGUUCAAGCCCCAAGCUGUCCACUCGGCAAACCCUGAUAUUGAAGCCUUGAUUUCCAACAGCAACAGAUCGAUUGCCACGUUCGCCAUCACCACGCUUCUCAAGACCGGAAAUGAGGCCAGCGUCGAUCGCCUCAUGAAACAGAUAUCCGGUUUCAUGGCCGAGAUUACAGACGAGUUCAAGAUUACAAUUGUCGAAGCAAUCCGAACACUGUGCAUGAAGUUCCCUAGCAAGCAAGCCGGUAUGCUCACCUUCUUGAGUGGCAUCCUGCGAGAUGAGGGUGGCUAUGAGUUCAAACGCGCCGUCGUUGAGAGCAUGUUUGACCUGAUCAAGUUUGUGCCCGGAAGCAAAGAGGAGACAUUGUCGCACUUGUGCGAGUUCAUCGAAGAUUGUGAAUUCACAAAACUGGCUGUUCGCAUCCUACAUCUCAUUGGGGUGGAAGGUCCGAAAACUCCCCAGCCGACGAAAUACAUUCGCUACAUCUACAACCGAGUGGUCCUGGAGAAUGCGCUGGUUCGAGCGGCAGCAGUCACUGCACUUGCCAAGUUUGGCGUCGGCCAGAAAGAUCCCGAGGUCAAGAAGAGUGUUUCAGUCCUUUUGAGAAGAUGUCUUGACGACACCGAUGACGAGGUGCGGGAUAGGGCAGCGCUCAAUCUGCGGUUGAUGCAAGAGGAUGACGAGAUUGCGGAGCGGUUUAUCAAGAACGACUCGAUGUUCUCUCUGUCUACCUUCGAACACAAGCUCGUUCUGUAUGUCACGGCCGACGACAAGGCUGUCUUCAGCAAGCCUUUCGACAUCACCGAGGUUCCCGUGGUGUCUCAGGAACAGGCGCUUGCCGAAGAACGAACAAAGAAACUCACGACUGCCACACCCACCCUCAAGGCCCCAAGCACAGGACCCACGAAACAGAAGGGGGCCAAUGGAGCCGCAGGCGAGGCGCCGGCAUCGGCUGCCGCGGCCGCGCAGAAGUACACUCAAAUUUUCUCCAGAAUACCCGAGCUUGCCGCAUAUGGCCCAGUGCUCAAAUCCAGUCCCGUGGUGGAACUUACCGAGAGUGAGACCGAGUACGUGGUUGGUGCCGUCAAGCACAUCUUCAAGGAGAACAUCGUCAUUCAAUAUGACAUCAAGAACACGCUCGACCAGACCGUGCUGGAGAACGUGACGGUGCUGACCACUCCCUCCGAGGACGACGAGGAGCCCACACUAGAGGAAGAGUUCAUCAUCCCCGCACCAGCCUUGAAGACCAACGAGCCCGGCGUGGUGUAUGUUGCAUUUAAAAAGACCGGCGGCGAGAAAUCCUUCCCCAUCACGACCUUCUCCAACGUUUUGAAGUUUACAAGCAAGGAAAUCGACCCGACCACAGGAGAAGCGGAAGAAAGUGGGUAUGAAGAUGAAUACGAAGUCGAAAACCUCGAGUUGACCGGCGCCGAUUAUGUCUUGCCCGCCUUUGCCGGCAGUUUCGACCAUAUCUGGGAGGGAACUGGUGCAAAUGGCGAGGAAGCAAGUGAAACUUUACAACUGUCGUCCAUUAAGAGUCUAGCAGACGCUACCGAGCAACUCGCCCAGACUCUGAGUUUGCAACCCCUCGAAGGUACCGAUGUUGUUCUUUCCAACACCACCCACGCCCUUAAACUGUACGGCAAAUCCGUCACGGGUGGCCGAGUCGCCGCCCUCAUCAAAAUGGCCUAUUCGGCCAAGUCUGGCGUCACUGUCAAGGUUUCAGUUAGGACUGAUGAAGCGGGACUGGCUCCUUCGAUUCUCUCGGCUUUGUUGUAA